AUGGACGAGCGCGUUCGCAGAAGUUGGCAGCUCCAACCGGAUCAAAUCGAGAUCAAGAAUCCGUCGUGGCAGACCGGAAUGGACCAAUUAUCUGUUAGUAUCGCCAGUCGACUUGGAUGCAAGGGGAUUCCUCUACGCUGCGUGCUGUACAAAGUGCUCGUGUAUGGAGAAGGGGGCCAUUUUCUCAAGCACCAGGACACUGAAAAGGAGGACGGAAUGGUCGCGACUCUAGUGGUGCAACCCCCGAGCACGCACGAAGGGGGCGACUUGGUCGUUUAUCGAGGAGAAGAAGAGCUGCACCGCCAUGACUUCGGGAAAAUGGAAGGAACAGCGGCAUUUUCCCCACACUAUGCCGUCCAUUAUGCUGAUGCAGAGCACGCGUUGGAAGAGGUGACGAAGGGGUUUCGCUUGGCUCUGGUGUACUCCAUUUGCUUGCCAGACACGAUGCGCCACCUGAAGAGGGAUUCAAAUACGACAAUGUGUGAUGAGCUCGCUGGUGUGAUCAAUGGAAUGGAACCGCAAGAGAAGUCGUUUGCGAUGUUAUUAUCGCACGAGUAUACGAAGAAGAGUAUUGGGGAUUUGGGCUCUGGAGCUCUGAAGGGGAUCGAUGGAGCGAGGUUUCGAACUCUGGAGGAGGCAAAUACCCGCGUUUCACCCGACAAGCAGCUGCGGUUCUUUCUUGCCAAGCUCUCGAUCAAAAUCGGCAAUUGUCUUGACGAAGACAGGUGGCACAUUUGGGACCACCAGCAAGCAAUCCACUGGUACACCCCCAACGGGGAAGAUUUUGGGCGCUGGGAGAACAAAAAGCUCGAGCAGAAGCUCAAUUUUCUGAACCCUGGUCGUGAAACGUUCCUGCAGCUCUGGAAAUCCUUUGGGAGCACCGACGACGUCUUCACGGGGAACGAGGGGCCGAUCAAAAUGACGAAGUACCACCGAUUCGCGAUAAUUGCGUGGCCCGCCACUCGAUACUUCGAAAACGUCAUCAAGUUUAUGUCUGCGGAGAUAGCGGCCGAAGCAUUCGUCUCGUGUGGGUCUGUGGAUGCGGCAGUACUUCGCUCAUUGCUCGACACCGCACGUUUGCUGGCGGGUGCGGGAGAUCUGGAGCUGGUCAAGUUAUUCUUCAGCGACUUUUGUCCUCAGCUAAGCGAACUGACGGGGAACGAUACGCUCAUCCCGUCAAUUACUAAGAUUGCGCGCGCCUUUGGCUGGAGUGAUAUUGGUGACGAGAUGGAGCUGCUGCUCCUCGUGGCUAGCGGCUUGGACGAUGCAAACGCUCAGAGAGCCCUGCUCCAAGUUACUAUAGAGAAGGAUUUUGUCUUACGCUCUACCAGAGCCGUCGAGUUUUACUGGAAGCACGUCGUCUGUCCUGGCGGCAAGAAAGUUGUUGCGACGGUGGCCAGCCAGAUCAGCCAGAAGCAGCCAAGCGAGCUGGGUCCUUUUGUUGAGGUAUUUUCGCAGUAUAUUGGUGACAUCGAUGCUCCAGAGAACGGAGUGCUGGAGGGAGUGGCCAAGAAUCGUAUCCAGUGGUUACGGAAGGAGAUCAAGAAGCUCGAUGUCCCAUUCUCGUGGGAAAUGCCCUAUGCAGAGGAGCCGGAAUUUCUUGAGAUUGAGAGAUUUCUACGUGGCCCCGAGCGAUCGAUGACGACCGUGGGGGUCGUUACUUUUACCGCGGGGGUGAAUGAAGCCCAAGCCUUUGUUGACAUGCGCGUACUGAAGGAAGCCUCGUACACGACGGAGAUCGCUGGGGGCGAAGAGGAUGUGUACGUGACAAUUACGAAGACGCGCAAAUGGUAUGACGAAUCUCGACUCCGACUGGCCCAGUAUAAAAUCGACGCAAGCACCAGGACAGUGGAAAAGAGGGCGCGAGGAUUGCGACUCGUGUGGCCCAACCGCUGA